AUGGCGGCUCUGUCACCGCUAUUCCAAUCUUUUGCCGCCGACUUUAUCCAUCCAUCGUUUCAUCUGAUACCUGUCACAUUAUAUCUUCCGGAUUUGAAGAAAAGAAAUAAUUAUGGCAAACCAAAUACGGCUCUUUUUUUAAAUUUUUAUUACAUUGGGAAUGCAUUUUUACGACGCGAUUUCAUCGCCAAUCACAAUUGCGCCAGUUUAUCAAUGCCGCUUAUCGUGCCGGAAAAGGAAUCCAUCAAUUCAGGCUGGCCUUGA